AGGGGCUUCGAAAAUAAAAAGAUAAAAAAAGGGAAGAAGAGAGUAUCAGGCACGGCGGUCACGUGACUUUGGAUGAUGGAGGUAGGCGGGGACUGUCGGGACGAGAAAAUCAUGCCUUCCCGCCUUCCCGCCCGUCACUUGAAUUCAUUCUCGAGAGACAACGUGGAGAGAUAAAGCCGCGUCUUGCUCACUGUUUGUCUCCAUUUCUGAGUGAAGUGAGAGAUGUAGAGCGAGCGAGCAAGCGAGAGAGAGAGUUGGGAGGGAGAGAAGGACAAUUUCUGCGCAGUACGAAGAGUGGAUUUCAGUGAGGGAGAGAUGCGGAAGAGCUCUAUGAGCUCUUGGAGCUUCUCUUGCCAUGGAUACACCGCAGAAGGACCAGAUCUCCACCCCUGUUUCUAAAUUCGAGGAUUCUCCAGUAUUUAAUUACAUAAGCAGUCUCUCGCCUAUUAGGCCAGUAAAGUCCAUACACACAGUUCAGACAUUCAACUCACUCAGUUUUGCUUCCCCUCCAUCUGUCUUUACUUCACCACAUGUCAGCUCCUUCAAGGAAUCAAGAUUAUUAAGAAGGCAUCAGCCUGCAACCCUUUCAAAGCCUGAUUUCUCCACCUAUGGAAAUGAAGACAGCAUAGUUGAAGGGAUUCAAGAAGUUGUUAAACUCUCUGAUAUAUGUGCCGAAGAACCAGGAUGCGUUAGUUCGUGUAGUUCAACUGGGAAGAUUGCUUGUGAGCAACUAAAUGCACAAUUAGAGUUUUCUACUGACUUUCCCAAGACCUUGAAAUAUGAUUUUGGCAGUCCUGAUGGCAAUUUGAUGCCUUGUAGUGUGGUUGGAACAGAAGAAGUCCCUAAAACGACAGGUGCGCUUGCAUCACUAGUUCAAUUUGUCCAGGAUGAUUUCAAAGAUAGACAGCAUUCAGUUGGACGUGAACUGGAAUUGCGUGGACUCUGUAGGAUCCAGCAAGAUGUGGCCGAAUGCAGUUCUGGAAAUUUGAUUUUUGAUGCUGCUGAUGUUUUAGUCUUCAAUAAUUCGCCCGUCAAAGAUGUUCAUUCUGAGGGGCAAGAUCAAAAAGCUGUGGACCAUGGAACAAUUUCAUUUCUUUCAACUGUGCUACAGUUCCCACAAGAUAGUGUUGAUGAUGUGCAUGAGUCACAGUCUGUUGGUUCUUUAGGUUCUUGUGAACCAUGUGAAAGCAAAGUGCCUGUAACUCACUCGGGAAGAAUUGAAAAGCUGACAGAAACUGAUGAAACACAAGCAGUCUCUUCUAAAGCAUGUGGGGAUGGCCAACUUGCUAGUGAUUUGAGUGCAGACGUAAAUGGCAAGGGAAAAAAUUCCUUUCAAUCCAGCUCCAAGCAGCAGCGUAGUAUACGAAGACGCUGUCUAGUUUUUGAGAUGGCAGGAGCUCUUAAAAGGAAAUCAAUUUGCUAUUCUAAUGACAAUUCUCCAGACUCAUUACAAUCUGAUCGUAGGGUUGCUGCUAAUGAACAGAAGUUGAUAUCCAUCAAGAGUGAAAAUGGAUAUUCAUUGUCCAAGCUCCCUGGCAUUGGUUUGCACUUGAAUGCCCUUGCAACUACUUCAAAAGAUAGCAAAGUUCUCACAAAUAAGGUUUUGGCAUCAGGAAGAGAUCAAAUUAGUAUGCCUACCUCCAUAUCCUCAUUUACUCCUGCCCAAAAUCUUCUAGUUAAGUCCUCAAAUGAAGAGUGUAUGCAAAGAGAAUUCAGUCCAAGUGAUAGUGGAGUUAAGGUUCCAGAAGAUUCUUCCGAACAAUCAAUAGUUGGAGUUAACGAAGCUCUUAACCAGAGUAGCCCCCAAAAGAAAAGGCGCACAUUGGAACAUGCUGGUGAGAGUCUGGUUUGCAAGCGCUGUAGCUGUAAGAAGUCAAAAUGCUUGAAGCUUUACUGUGAAUGUUUUGCUGCUGGUCUCUACUGUGUUGAGCCUUGUUUAUGUCAAGAUUGCCACAACAAUCCUGUUCAUGAAGACACUGUUCUUGAAACCCGCAGACAGAUUGAACUGCGCAAUCCACUUGCAUUUGCUCCCAAAGUCAUCAGGAUCCCUGAUUUUGUUCCUGAAUUUGGGGAGGAAUCUGAUAAAACUCCAGCUUCAGCACGACAUAAAAGAGGUUGCAACUGUAAGAAGUCGAGCUGCCUGAAGAAAUACUGUGAAUGCUUUCAGGGUGGCGUUGGAUGCUCUUUCAGCUGCAGAUGUGAUGGAUGUAAAAAUACUUUUGGCCGGAAGGAUGCAUUUAAUGCAGCUCAUCUUCCCCAUUCCCAAUGCUCUCCCCAACCCCCAAAUACACAUGAUUCAGGAGGAACAGAAGAAGCAGACGAAGGGGAAGAAACAGAAACGCCUGACAAGAAUCCACCGGAUACAGUUUUGGAGAAUAAUGAUGUUGCUCAAAAGGGUGAAGGGGAGCAUUCAGAUCUUGUUCCUCCCAUAACACCUUCUUCCAAGAUCAGCAGGUCUCCAAUUCAAUUGCCAUUCACCUUUACUAGCAAGCCUCUGGGAUCUUCGCUCCUUGCGGCUGGAUCAUCUCCUGAGUUGUCCACCUGUCAAAAGCUUGGAAAAUCGGGUUUUUCUUCCCGCGAACCAAAGUUCGAGAGGCAUCUUCAGAUGAUUCCAGAAGACUCUACCCCGGAGAUUCUGAAGGGCAAUAACUCUGAUUGUAAUGGUGUGAAAUCUGCUUCUCCGAACUGUAAGAGAGUUUCACCUCCUCAUCUCAAGCUUGGUCCAUCUUCUGUUUGGAGCAGCAGGAAGUUGAUAUUGAAAUCUAUUCCAUCAUUCCCAUCUCUCACUCCUCGUCGUGAAGACAGUGAUUCCCGAGGAAAGCUUCCUUGAAUUUGAAUCAACCCUCUACGGUUGGUUUCCAACUGCCCAUGUAGAAAAGCUCUUGCCUUUGUAUCAAUAACAACCGCCCGUGUAAAAUAUAAUGUGUACUUUUAUUACUGUCAAAAGCCUUCCUAGAGCAUCAUGUUCCAAGCUUUGUUGUUGUAAUGACCAUAAAUAGGAGUCUUGUUGUAAAAGUAGACGAAAUUCAAAUAUGUUUAAUAAGAUUAAGACUGCGUUCUUUGUA